UACUACGACGACUGGAAUCACGUCCUUAGCUUACGCUUUUAGAGUUCAUUAUGUAUUCAGAGGGAGCAGUUCUUUCUGGCAUUAGUCUUUUAUGCUUGUCUUCCUGUGUCAGCUGUGCGUGAGAUGGUAUCGGCGGCGGCAGCGGCUGCAGCAGCAUCGCCAUGCGCGGCCUGCAAGUUCCUGCGGCGAAAGUGCCAGCCGGAGUGCGUGUUCGCCCCCUACUUCCCGCCGGACCAGCCGCAAAAGUUCGUGCACGUGCACCGGGUGUUCGGGGCCAGCAACGUCACGAAGCUGCUCAAUGAGUUGCACCCUUACCAACGCGAGGACGCCGUCAACUCCCUCGCCUACGAGGCCGACAUGCGCCUCCGCGAUCCCGUCUACGGCUGCGUCGGCGUCAUCUCCCUCCUCCAGCGCCAGCUUCGCCAGCUCCGUGUCGACCUGUCCGCCGCCAUGUCCGAGCUCUCCAAGUACCAGUCCGCCGCCACCGGGCAUGGGCUCAUCGACGUCAACUAUCUUACGAUGCCGAGGCACUACGAAGAAGAUCCGGCAGCGAAGCUGGCCGCCGAUGGAUCAUACGACACCGGACUUGCUAGCGUCAUGAAGCCAAGCACGGCCAGCGGCGACGAUAGCCCAGCCAUUAAACCUCUGUAA